AUGAAGUCGGCAUUGAUUCUUCCAGUUUUGGCCGUAUUGGGCUCAGCUCUCCCUCAUAGACGAAAGGAAGAUACCUGGAGUCAACUCCGGUCAAAUAUCAAACAUGUCGUGUACCUGAUGAUGGAGAACCACUCCUUUGACAACAUCGCCGGAUACUGGGACUUUCAUCCAGAUAUUGACAACCUCCGCAACAUCAAUUACUGCAACGAGUAUACCAAUCCCAACUGGACGGUCUGGGAUGAGCCUCUCGAGAUCUGUGCCUCUCCAUUCGAGACUGAAGUGCCCCUGGCAGAUCCAGACCACAACUUUGCUGGCGUGACAUAUCAAAUCUACCGCAAAUGGAACGCUACAAACGACGACGUUCCCAACAUGGGUGGCUUCAUUGAACGGCAGUCGGAAAAGUACAGUGCCACUCCUGGUGAUUCGUCUUUUGUCAUCAAAGCGUAUGAUGAGAAGAAGUCGUCUACGCUAGCUGAAAUCGCAAAGAACUUUGUCUUUUGGGAUUCUUAUUUUGCGGAACAUCCUGGACCUACCAAUCCCAAUCGUCAAUUUGCCACUUCGGGAUCAUCAUGUGGGUAUCUCGAAAACAAGGAGCAGUCCGCUGGGUUCUAUAACAAUGUGACUGGAACCGACUGUGCGACUUCAAUUUUCGAGGCUCUCAGCAACAAGAACAUUACCUGGAAGAACUACUAUGAAACGGACAUUGUUGACGGCUAUAUGUACAAGCUAACUGAACAGUGGGUGCAAGAUAAUGCCAUGGACAAGCUGGUCCACGCCAGUGACUUCUACCGUGAUCUGGAAGAAGGAACAUUGCCCACUUUCUCCUACAUCAACCCCGAAUGCUGCAGUAUCGACUCGAUGCAUCUCACCAGUAACAUGGCAGCCGGCGAGCAGAUGAUCAAGCAUUUGUACGAUGCAGUGCGGAAAUCAAAAUACUGGGAUAAUGUACUGAUCGUGAUCAACUUUGACGAACACGGUGGAUUCGCAGACCAUGUUUCUCCUCCAGCCAACGUCCCCAAACCGGAUGAUGGAAUUACCUUUACUGGUGAAUCAGAGGGACAAAAAAUCACCUACGAAUUUAGUCGUCUUGGAGUUCGCGUCCCCUCCUUCCUCAUCUCCCCUUAUGUCCCCGCAAACCACCUCAUCCACAACCAAGGCACCAUGUACGCCAACAACUCGGCCUACACACAUACCUCGAUCUUGCACUUUCUGCAAGAACUCUGGGGUCUAGAGGGUCUCAAUAACCGGGUCCAAUGGGCCAAGACAUUCGAGCAUGUCUUUGAUAAUACUCGACGUGACGACACGCCCGAGAAAUUACAGACACCGACUUGGUACGGGGGGAGUGGACAGCCCGAGCCGGUACCUUUUUACCUGUUGAACCAGGACGAGGGUUAUUAUGCGGGAUUGUAG